AUGGCUAUAUCAUCAACAUCAACUUCCUAUUUUCUUAUAGUCAUAAUUUUGAUGUCAAGCAAUAAGCUGAUUUGCAUCUCCCUUCCUCAUAAUCUUCUUUGUCCAACAGGGAUUUCAAAGUAUGCAAUCCCAGUGUUUAGAGAAGACAUUGAUUUAAUGCAAUUUUCAGAGAAUUUAGAGUUCUUAGAAGCGGAAUAUUACUUAUGGGCUACACAUGGUUAUGGUCUUGAUGUAGUAGCACCAGAACUUGUCAUGGGUGGGCCUCCUCCCAUUGGUGUACGCAAAGCAAAUCUUCAUCCUUUUGCUAAGACCAUCGUCUCUGAGUUUGCCAUGCAAGAAGUUGGCCAUCUCAGGGCACUUAAAUCGAAAGUAGGUCCCGGUUUUCCAAGACCAUUGAUGGAUCUAAGUGCUAAAAACUUCGCUAAGCUAUUUGAUGAAGCAUUUGGUUACAAACUGGAACCCCCAUUUGAUCCUUAUAGAGAUAGUCUCAAUUUCAUGUUGUCUUGCUAUGCACUUCCAUAUGCUGCAUUGGUUGGCUAUGUUGGUACAAAUUCCCAUAUCAAAGGCUAUGAAACAAAAAGGCUUUUGGCAGGACUGCUAGGGGUUGAAUCAGGGCAAGAUGCAAUUAUCAGAAUGUAUCUUUACGAGAGAGCUGGCAAAGUAGUAUACCCAUACAAACACACUGUGGCUGAGUUCACAAUCCACAUAUCCAAUUUAAGAAACAGAUUAGCAAUGUGUGGAACUAAAGAUGAAGGCUUAUUUGUGCCAUGGCAACUCGGUGCAGAGAAUCGGACAAGAACUAAUAUAUUAUCAGCCGAUUGCGAUUCACUGUCUCAGUGGAGGAGUCCGGCGGAGAUUCUUAGGAUAGUGUAUAACACUGGGAAUGAGCAUAUUUGUGGUGGAUUCUUUCCUCAUGGUGCUAAUGGCAACAUUGCUAGAAAUUUGUUAAAACUAUAG